UAAAAGCAAUGCCUGACGAGUGACACAUUGGGGGUUGCGCAAAUACGAUACGCGUUUGCAUCAUCUUGUAGAUCUAAUAGCAUUAACAAUUUGGAUACAAAUAUAUUUAUAUAAUUUAGACUUAUUAUCUACAUUGACUAUGAUUAACUACAUAUGGGAUAUAUAGAUCUAGAUCUAUUUAAUCUAGAGUCUAAGUGAAUCUAUGACUAUUUUUAGUAUGUUGAAAAUCACGUGAGACAUGUGUCACUUUGUGUGCCAUUUCACCCAAGUUUGCAAACUAAUAAACUUUUCAUUAAUUAUGUUUAAUCUAAUUCUAGAUAUCUAGGCUAGGUCGAUAUCAUAUCGAGAUGUAAAUAGAUCUAUAAUCUUUAUCCGAUUAUCGGCGGGUUGAUCUACUCUACUGUAUAGUAGUACUGACUAGACUAGAUCUCGUCUACCUGCGACUACCUCUCUUAGUUAGUCUCUAUCUUCUUGUUCAACCAAUCAAUCUAUAGAUUACUAUAGAUCUAGUAAUCUAGUCUAGAUCUACAACUGGACAGCGAGAUGGAUUUUCUUACCCGUCAAUUAUUCGUAUUAUUUCUCUUAAUAUUUUGUAAAAUUAAAGAAACAUUUGCGCAGGAGUUAACCAUGGAAAUAUGGAAAACACUGCAGUGUCCAGCAGAUACAUUAAAAUGUACUGAUGGCCAUUGCUGCAAAUAUGGUGAAGCAUAUUGCAGUUCAGUUACAAAUACUUGUGAACCAGUUUUUCCAACUGGUUUGCAAAACAGAAAAGUUUAUUGCUGUGAGAGCUUGGAAAGCCCAAAUGUGACAGCAAUUACAAAUGAAAGAUUGACCACAGCCUGUUACUAUUUGUUUGGUAAAGAAAACUUCACCCUUAAUAAUUGUGUUGACAAGACCAAGAAUGACAUUGUGGAUUGUACUCAAGAUAAUGGCAUCUCUUAUUCAGAAAUUGUAGCAUGGACACUAGUUUCCGUUUUAUUUAUAGGGGCAUCCUGUCUUGUGAUGGUUAUUUUUUAUAUGUGCAAGACAAGGUUUUUAAGACAUGACGAAGAAAAUAAACAUAUUGAUUGUUCCAGUGAUACAGACUUGACUAAACAAGGUCAAAUUAACAAAGAAAAACAGUCACUCCUUGAUUCACCAGCUGAUUCACCAACUCAAUUGAAGGAAAACUUGAUUCAGCGAAACAAAGAUACAGAUGAUGGGAGAAGUGAAGAGGAUGAUGUUGAGGUUAAUAGGGAUGUGCCAAGAGAUCAAGAGUCAUCGGAGUCAAUAAAUAGGGAAGUUACAAGUGAUAAAGCAUGUCAUAUACCCAUGCAGUCCAGUAAUAGACACGUCCUAAUAGGCUUAGUGCAACAAACUUUUUCACCUGCUGAUCAAGAUGGCAAUACUGCUAUAUCACCUUCUGGAGCUCUCUACUCAAUGCAGAAUGAGGCAGAAUGAGAGAAUAUAACUAACUAUAUGGGUUUUUUUUUUAGCUCCAAAAUUAUAUUUGAAAUAGCCUCCUUUUUUAAAAAAAAAGCAUUCUUUUCAAUUUAUCUGCCAGUUAAGCUCAUUUGAAAAUAUCCUAAAUAUUGGUUGAAAGUUUCAGCACUACUCUUUUAAGCUUUGAGUCAGAGUAUCUUCUUUUGUGCUUCAGCUGAAACUUUUUUCCAUUAAGAUGUUUGAUUUUCAUACUCAAAAAUCAAGUUAAUGAUAAAGUGAAAGUGCUCUUUUAAACAAACAUUUUGAGUGAUCAACUAAAACGAUGGGUACUUUAAUAGUUAACUCUUGCAUUUCAGGCUGCCGCCAUAUUGCAUGGAGAUCAUAACAAAAGCAUGAAACUCAAGGGAGACUACUCCAACAAUACAUAAUAUGUUUUAAGCAUUAGAAUUAAUGUUCUUGACAUAGUAUAUUAGUCUUGACAUAAUAACAUAACAACAUCCUCUUUUCUUUAUCAACACAAAGAUUAUAAAGUUACUGUCCGUAGUUUUACGGCAUGAGAUAGUCCUUUUGCCAAACAGGUUUCUUCCUUUCUCUUGUUGAUGCGGGUCUUCUAUUGUUGGUUGGUUCAGUGUGCGUAUGUGAGGGGUUGAUAGGUUUGUUUUCGUUUAUAGGAGGGGUCAACAGGACAGUGGCUUCAGUGUCUUGCUCUGGGACUGGAUCGACUUCUGAAGUCUCUCCACCAAUCUUCGUCAUCAUCGUAGAUGUCUUGCCUUUCAAUGUUUCUAUUUUUCCAUCUUUGUUGAUUGCUGUGGUCUGAUGUGUACUCUGUUUCGUAUGUACGUUCCGCUUUCCUCACUUCUUAUCUUAUAAGAUCUUGGAGUUUCUUGGCCAAUGAUCGUUCCGGGACGCCAUGUUUUCCUUCCUGGGUCUUGGAAAUAUAUUGAUUGAUUUACUGUUAGUGUUAUUAAAUCACAGGCUCUUUCAUCAUAGCUCCUUUUGACAGUUUGUUUACUUUUUUUUAUCAAGUAUGCCUGGUGGGGCAAGAUAUAUGUCCUUUGUUCUUGGUAUUAGGGUGGGGGUAUCCGGUUUAGCAGGAGUUGGGCUGGGCUCACUCCUGAUUCCUGUCUAGGAGUGUUUCUUAGUUCCAGAAGGGCUUCAUACUGAUCCUCACCUCUUUGGUUCGGCUUUUUCAUCAGAUUUUUUAUGAUUUUAACGGCAGAUUCAGCUUUACCAUUUGCUUGGUGAUGACCUGUAUAAGAAUUUCGGCAGAUAUUGAACCAUGCCGCAAAAAACUAAUUUCAUGGCCCAUAAAGAUGAUUUCUUUUUGUUUUUCUGCUGUCUUUGUUUCGUUGAGUUUUAUCAUUUUUUCUGCACAUCUUUGAUGCAGUUUUUUCAGUUUGGUCUCAUGAUCUCGUUCCGCUUCUUCAAUGGAGUUUCCACAUCCAGCUUUGACUAUGUCAUCUGCCACAUUGAUGCAUCCAUCUAGCCUCUCGAGGGCUUGGGCUAGCUGCUUUUGGAAGAUUUCUCCACUUACAUUUAGGCCAAAUGGUAGUCGAGCCCAUCGAAACUGACCGAAAGGUGUGAUCAUUGUAGUUAGCAAACUUGAGUAUUCAUCCAAUCGGAUAUGCCAAUAGGCUUCUUUUAUUUCUAGCUUGGAGAAUAUCUUGGCAUUUUUUAAUUGUGGUAAAAUAUCUUCUAGCGUUGGAAGUUUAUAGCGUUCUUGCUUGAGAACAUUGUUCAAAUGUUGUGGGUCAAUGCAGAUCCUUAGGUUUCCAUUUGUUUUCUUGACCACAACCAUUUGACUGACCCAGUCAGUUGGUUCGUCAACAGGGACAAGUAUUUUUCGACUCACCAACAGCUCGAUUUCUUUCUUGACUUUUUCUCUCAUAGUAAGGGGAUGUUCCGACACUGGGAGACAACUGGUGCCACUGUUUCAUCUACAGUGAGAUGAGUUUCACCUAAAUCUCCCAGAUCGCUCUCUUCACUGUGAACAGGUGCAAUGAAGUUUUCAUCAUUGACAGUUAUUAGUCCCAAGCUUUUGCAAGUCUGUAAGCCCAAUAAACUUUGCAACCCGUUGUCCACCACAGUGAAUCUCACAUUUUCUUGCCUGCCAUUUUUCGGAUUCGUCAUGAUGAGAUCAGUUAUGCCCGCUGGCUUCAUUUUUGACUGAUUCCACAUAGUAAGAGUUUGGGAUGUUUCUCUGACUUGACUUUUCCUGAUGAAUCUCUUGCAGAUGUCCAGUUGGAAUCUAACAUUCUGGUCGUUGAUCAAGAAUACCACUGUCAUAUUGUCACUUGGUGCAUUCAGUGCAUUUAGGGUGUUUAGGUAUUCUUUGUUGUCACCCUCAGCAGGCUCUUGUGUCCUUAGUGUGUUUAUGCACUUAGCUGCAAAGUGGUUUCUUUUUUUGCAUUUGGCACAAACUUGUCCCCAUGCUGGACAUUUCCUAUGUUCAUGGGUUCUCCUGCAAUACCGGCAGUCUAUAAUCAAGGUUUUGUUCUGUGUUCUUUAGAUCUUAUUUUGUCAACCUGAAUGGGUGCUUUGGCAUUGUUUAGUUCAUUCAAGGUGUUCUUGGAUUGUUCGAAAGCUCGGCAAAUAUCUAAGGUUUUCUUCAGUGUCAGUUCCUGACGCUGUAAUAAUCUUUCCUGAAUCCGUCUAUUCAUUGAGAACACUAUUUUGUCUCUCAACAUUCUAUCUUUGACCUUGAAAUUGCAUUUCUCUGCUUGUGUCUUCAGUUCUGUCAGGAAACUGUCGAAGGAGGAUCUUUCUAUUAGAUUCCAGAAUCUGAAGGUCUCCAACACCUCGUUGUUUCUGGGGUUGCAGUACUCUUCUAGUUUUUUUAAUACAGUCUUAGGGUUGUUGGGUUCUUCAUCUUGCUCAUAAGUGAAGUGGUCGUGAAUCUCAAUUGCUCUUGGGCCAGUACAGUGUAGUAUAAUAGCCACUUGCUGUUCUUUAGUUUUGUGUUGGCUCCAGAAGUCGCCAUGUAAACCUCCUUGAGCCGUUUCCAUUUUCUGAAGUUUUCUAAGAUAUUGCCCUCAGUUAUAUUCAGGUCGGUUGGUGGUUUGAACAAACUCUCCCCCAUCAUCUGUUACCUUCGGGCCUUCGCUCUAGAUUUCGUAACGAUUCUAUUUCUAUUUUUCUUCUUUAGUUAUUUUGUAAUACUUAUUCUUUGUUUCACAACUGUGGGAUCUGCUACUUCGCUGCCACCAUGUUAAUAACUAGAUGAUCAAAGACUCAACAAACACUUUGAGUGAUCAACUUAAACGAUGGGUACUUUAAUAGUUAACACUUGCAUUUCAGGCUGCCGCCAUAUUGCAUAGAGAAUAUAACAAAAGCAUGAAAUUCAAGGGAGACUACUCCAACAAUACAUAAUAUAUUUUAAGCAUUAGAAUUAAUGUUCUUGACAUAAUAAGAUAACAACAGGAGAGCAUUGAAAAAAACAAAAGGAACUUGAAGUGGGUAAUAUUUUGAGGUUUAAAAUCUGAAAUAGUGAAGUAUUUUCUUUUUAUCUACAAUAUAAUCUUUUCACAAUUAUUUUGCAAAAAAAAAAAAAAAAAAAAGUAAAAAAAUUCUAGGUUAACAUUUACUUAAGCAAGAUACAAUAUAAUGAUUAGAGUUUAAAGAUUAAUGUUCUUUGAGUUUUCAUCAUAGCUUAGUCUAAUUUUAGGCUUCAUGUUACAACCAAAAGAAUCAUUUGCUUGAACCAGUAAAAUAGUUUCUUGUUAAAUGAACAAGGUAAAAGCCUAUCUGCUCACAACUGUGAGAGAAAAUCAUUAUUGAAAUGUAUAUGGGGAAAGUUGAGAUUUGAUUAGCAUCAAUGAUUUCUUCAACAUAGUCAUAAUGAUAUUGUGGCGUGCAAUAAUCUAAGUCAUAUAGCUCCUAAUGAUUCAUUAGUGCUUUGCCAUGUUAUCACCUCUACAUUCUCCAGUCUUUUUUUUUUUUUUGCUUUAAACCACCAUUUUGUUGUAUCUGUGAAUGAUAUUUAAGUUUACGUUUUAUUGGGGUUGACAGGAGCAGUUUCAAAGUAGGAGUGGCUGUAAAAUAAACGCAGAACUGCUCAUCAUUAACUAUUCAUUGUGUAUCAUGGACACACUUUUUUUUUUUACUCCCUAGUUACCACUCAUUUCACAAAUCAGGGAGUCUUGAACCCCCUAAUUUCAGGAGGUCUUGAACCACCCAAAUUCAGGAGAUCUUGAAACAAAAAAAUUUAGGAGGUCUUGAACCACCCAGUAUCAGGGAGUGUUGACCCCCCCCCCCCCAAUUUCAGGAGGUCUUGGACCACUCAAUUAAAUCUCUUUUUUUUCGCUAUGUAAUAUUUAUGUUUAAAAAUUUUAUGUCAAAAUUUUAUAUUGCAUAGAUAAAAAAAAAAUUCACAUACAUUUGUCACUUGUUUGUGUUUUUCUACAUAAACACUUCAAGAAUUAUUUUUUUCUGUGAUAGGCUUAAAUUAUAACUUUAAAAAAUAAUUAUCAUUAAAUAAUAAUAUGUAAUAGAUAUAAAUAUGUUUUCAUAUAAUGUUGCUAUUUUAUACAUUUAAAAAAAAAACAAAACAUUUUUAUGUCUGCAAAACCUUUUUUUAGUGUAAAUAAUUGUACAGUUGUAUAAAUGUUAAUGUUAUUUUCUUAAAAACUUGUAUAGCAGCUUCUUAAGUGUAAUUUAAAUAUCUCAGUUAUUUUUGUUCAGACCAAAUGUAGUUAAGAUUUCUUUGAGUGCUCUGCUCAAGUACAUGGCAGAGAAACACUGAGGAGAACUAUAGAACAAUUUUCUCAGAACAUUUUUGUAGUUUAAAGACAUUGUCUUAAAUUUUGAAAGUAAUUUUCUUGUUCUCCCUUUUAUUUGCAUUAUCCAUCAUUGUACUUCUGUUGUUGUAAAUGUUGAAUAAGAAAACAUAUAAAAAUGCUUGAAUUGUAACAUUCCACAUUAUUUUGCAUGUUAUCAAAUGUUCCAUCUAUAGCUAUGGUCUGGAAAAUGUGUAAAUUUGUAAGACUUUUAUUGUCUUCAUAUUGUAAGUUGUACAAAAAUAGAUUAAUUAGUUUUUCUAUCAAGAUUUGCGUAUAAAAAUUGAUGACUUUGUUUGUCUAUACAUAAUUUUGUAUAAAAAUUGAUGAAAUUGUUUUUCUAUAGAUAUUUUGUAUAUUAUGCUACAAAUUCAUUAUGUGCAAAAAUGAUAAAGUAGCACAAGUAUUUUUUCACCUUUAUGUCAAGUAAACUAAUGUUGAGAGUUCAAGGCUGCCAAAUAAAGAGUACAUUUUAUUCAGUACUUCAGGGUAUAUUAAUGUCCACCCAUCUGUAAUAGGACUUACCUAUUGUUUGGGAAGGUAAAAGCCAUUAGUUACUUUGAUUACAAAGGAAUACACAGGAAUAAGUGACCUUGACUUCUUUCACUCUAUAUACUAAAAAUAUAAGGCUAUAAGAAAAAUUAGUUAUUUCUUUUUUAAACUUUUUGUUACAUUAAAAGAAUUUUUUUUCUGUAACAUAAAUAUCUCUUUACAGUUCACUCUGCAAUUAAUAAUACUUAAUUCUGUAUGUGCAUACAUUGGGAGUCAGUAGUUUCCAAAGUUCUUGAUAGAAAAACAUUUGUAUUUUCUUUUUUAUUUUAUUUCUAUAUUUAUUAAUCUUUUAUUUUCAAACCUAUAUUUAAAACUAAAUUUAUUAUUAAUGAAUUGAUUCAGCAAGUUUACAGGGCUCCAAGAGUUCUUCUUGGUCUGCAAAUUUGUUGGUUUGAAAUAUUAAUAAAUACAUUAUGUAUAAUAGUA